AUGACUUCGGUCCAAGACAGUCCUGAGGGCGAUCAGCUACUGGAGACUCUAUGGCGGGAGCCUGGUAGAGCAAAUUUGCGAUGUCUGUUGUGUCAAGAGCCCUUCGCCGACGAUGCUCUCAUUCGUACGUUCCGCGUUGAGCCCCCAGGCAACCACAGUUCCGGCUAUAGCACCCUGUUGCCCACUCACAAGGGCGAUAUCCUCUUUUUCGAUCGGCAUAUGAGUUGCGUGGUAGAGCACCAAGUCAGGUUCUCGGCAGUAUCUCAUGUCUGGGACUCCAACAUCUCCAACGUGCAGCAACAACGGCGGAGAAUGCCACAGACCCCAGUGGCUGCACGUAACGUCUUAGAUAUCUCGACAAAGAUCUACUCCGGCAUUGCAGAGGCCAAGGAUACGGCUAGGGAACUAUGGCUUGACUACCUAAGCGUGCCCCAGUGGUCUGAUGCCCUGAAGAGCAGCAUUAUUCGCAUCAUGCAUAAGCUCUUCACAACGGCUGAGACAACGAUCAUCUACUUGGGCGAUGUCGACUCAGACGUGGUCAAACAGCUGUACAGAAAGGAAAGGUCGCCAGAACGCCUUGCUGCCGUCAUCUCGGUGUGCAACUCGCAAUACUUCAAACGUGUUUGGACCGCUAUGGAGUUCAUCAGAAGCGGGUGUGUCAGAAUGAUGACAAGCGAUUGUACAUACCUCGAUGAUCUGGACGACCCUGCGUUCUUCAAUCGACUGUAUGGCGUCUGGAACGAGGAGCUGAGGCAUCAUGCUCAGGCCCAACAUUUGGAAGCGAAAGUGCAGAUGGGCAAGAAUGGCAAGAAUGGCAAAAAUCAGGUUCCAUGGAGUCUUGGCUCACUGAGAGAGGCAAAAGCCUUGAAGAGAGUCAACUUUGCAAUGGGAUCUACACUCCUCAGCAAGAGGGGAUGCCGAGACCAGAUGGACUACCUGCAUGCCCUGAGAGGAAUAGUCCCUGUGAGCUCAGCGACUCCAAUGACCUCCGACUUUAAGACGGAAUUCUACCAGGUCGCCUGGGAGUGCUUAAAGGCCGGAGACUUGUCUCCGUUGUUCAUAACACCGUUUAUGGAGAUGGGCGAUCCCAGAGGCCCUGGCCAUUGGUCCGAUUUUGCCUUUUCCGAUGUCUUCACUUGGUCAUUAGGAGAGGAAAUGCAUGCCCCGGUUCUUGGCGGAGAAAUCCGGUUCAAUGACAUCGGCCAGCUUCUUUCUAUGAAUCUCCAGGAGAUAGGCGUGGUGUCAGUAGUUCGGCAGCCUAGAGAACUGACCAAGCAUGAUCUCUUGCUCAUCUUCUCAUAUGCGGCCAAGACGGCUCUGGAAUUCGACGGACCAGACGUCAAAGACUUUGUUGCUGCCAUGCAAAGGACACAUGGAGCGGUGCCAUCGAUCGUCAUGAAAAACUUGGAGGCCAGAAAAGAGGUACAGCGUAUCCAAAAAGCCCUGACGAGGAACUUCAACAAACCGGCCCUGCCACGCUGGCCGAUACAGGGCGAAGACGAUGUAAAGUGGCUCGCAGAGGCCUUGUCGCUCUCACAGAUUCGAUCCGGGGGCACGCAGAGCAUCCUAGCUGAGAACUCUAGUGGUUAUGGCACCAUGCACUGCGCGCCGUACGAUUACACGGUGGGCAUCACCUGCAUGGGCUGCUACAGAAUCUUUGCGCACAAAGUCGCCAGUUUUGUGCAGCCGACAGAGCUACGAUUUGCAAGGGCCUAUCGUAUCCCCCAACUUCAUUACCGCUUCUCGCACAAAAAUGGGCUUGCUUUGCUGGUUCAGAGGGAGAAAAUCGUUGGGCGCAUGAUGUGGGCUACGCCAGCUUCUAAAUUUGCCACCGUCUGA